AUGUGGGUAGUGCCAGAGCGGGUGGCCGUGAGUGUCCCUGGAUGCGUUGUUUCUACCCCCGGUAGGUUCCCAAAGUCUCUUCCCUUCAGCUGCGCGUCCUGGGUCUCCCCGCACCCGAAGCACACCGCCGUGGCCUUCCUGAAGACCCACAAAACAGCUAGCACCACCGUGCAGAACCUCCUCUUCCGUUUCGCGGAGCGGCACAACGUCACCGUGGCCCUGCCCCACCACGCCUGUGACCACCAGUUCUGCUACCCCCGCAACUUCUCGACUCGCUUCGUGCACCCGUACACCAUCCCGCCCCGCCUCAUCGCCAGCCACUUGCGCUUCAACCGCGACGAGCUGCACCACCUCAUGCCCAACGACACCAUUUACAUCACCAUCCUGCGCGAGCCGGUGGCCAUGUUCGAAUCCCUUUUCAGUUACUACAAUCAGUACUGCCCGGCUUUCCGACGGGUGCCCAAUGGAUCCAUGGAGACCUUCCUGAACAAUCCGGAGCAGUACUACCGUUCCCAUGAGAAAUAUGCCAUGUAUGCCCGUAAUACCCUGGUGUACGACCUGGGGGGUGACCCCGAGCACAACCCCAAUGACCCCACGUACCUCCCCAAGUUCAUCCAUCAGGUAGAAGGCAUUUUCUCUCUGGUCAUGUUGGCCGAAUAUUUUGAUGAAUCGUUGAUCCUCCUCCGCCAUCUGCUGGCGUGGGACCUGGACGACAUCCUCUACGUCAAGCUGAAUAUGCGCAGUCCGGAAUCCAAGCUCAACAUCACCUCGGCCCACGUGGCCGCCCAGAUCCGCUCCUGGAACGCUCUCGACGCCGGCCUCUACGACCACUUCAAUGCCACCUUCUGGAGGAAGCUAAACAAGAUGGACCAAGGCUGUGUCCAGAAAGAAGUCCACGCUCUUCACCAGGCCUGCGAGCGCUUGGCACGCCACUGCUUUCAGGGCCAACCCCAGCUGCGCCCAGCCAUGCAGAUCAAGAACAAAGACCUCCGGCCCUGGCAACCGAGUGCCAAGGUGGACAUUGUGGGCUACGACCUCCCAGGCUCGGGGGCCCAUUUGGACGAGCAAUGUCUCAAACUUGUCAUGCCCGAGGUACAGUAUUCGCGCUACCUGUUACGGAAGCAGAGCCUCAAAAAUCGGCGUAAGGCCAUCCCCCAUCAGCCUCUCUCCCCCCGGGGACUUCUGCACCCACCUCGGCACCCUGGGGUCAAAGCUUCCUGA